AUGGGAAGAGAAAGCAACCCCAUUUUUCAAGUGGAUGGUAUAACCUUCAGCGAUCCGGUAGAUACUUCGAACACGCUCGGGGAAUAUUUCGCGGAAUUGUCCUCGAUCUCCGAAUAUGAACCCGAUUUCAUCCGUCGACAGAGAGCAGGUAUCACUUCGGUCAGCAACUUUGUGGUCUCUGUGAGUCGUCCUAAUAAUCCUCGCAACCGGAACUUCACCAUCGAGGAACUUUCUGUUGCCCUACGUUCCGCAAAAAGUGAGUCAACUGGCCCUUAUGGUAUCGGCUAUAAGAUGCUGAAACAGCUGCCCCAGCUCGGACUGUCCACCCUUCUCAGCAUCUUUAACGACCUGGGGAGUACACACGAAUUUCCCGAGGGUUGGAGACACAGCCUAGUAAUACCAAUACCUAAGACCGUUCAAAGCAGCAACAAUGUGAAAGGCUACCGUCCAAUUACCUCAACCUCCUGUUCAUUCAAGAUCAUAACCAGCACACCUCCUGCAGCGCUACGACGUCGAACUUGCGGCUCUUCAAUACGUUGGUUCAAUACGAGCACUCGUUGA